UUGCUAAAAGAAAACCCCCCGGCCCCCAUCAGUUCGUUCAAUCGACGACGGCAAUGGCGGCUUCCGGCAAGCGCAAACCCUCAUCCUUCGCCGCCGCAGUGCUCUUCCCCAUCAUCCUCUACUGUAUCCCACUGUCAAUCUUCCUCCUCCAUCCCUCCUCCGACCUCCUUCGGGACGAAACCGCCAACGUCAGGGCGGCCCUGCUCUCCCGGGGCAACUACUCCGCCAUGAUCCCCGACCUCGUAUCCCAGCUCCUCCAUCACUACCCCGUGGGGGCGGAGGAGGCCAUCACCGUCUUCGUCCCGUCGGAGGACACAGAGUACGAUUGGUGCGAAACGGAGCGGCCGGAGGUCCGCGUACUGUGUCACGCCCUGGAGAAGAAGAGAACUCUUGGCAAGGAAGAAUCUCGAAUUGGAAGAAGAAUGGCGGCAGAAAUUGGGAAGAACAGAGGAGAGAGAGAGAGAAAGGAGAGGGAAAGAGUAAAGUUUUAUUUACUGGCUUAUAAUCCGGCCCGUUGGCCGGAAUGUUUAUAUUUUGAUAUUUAAAUUUUUUAUGUUACGUUUAAGUCUAUUAAUUUGUUUAAGUUUAUUGAAAAUUAUUCAAUCGAGAUUCUACACAAAUAAUGAAUAUAUAGGUCGAAUAUUCAGGCAAAUACCCUCCUCAUUUAAGAAUAUAAAAAUGUAUCAUUAAUCCCAUUUUCAUAAUGAUAAUUGAGCCCCCAUUAAAAUGAUAUUGCUUAAUAGAUUGUCCAGAAAUAU